AUGCCGUCGGACCAGAACGCGCCCGCAACAGCGGGGAGUGAGAGGCCCGGACACCGCGACAUGAUGUUCUGCCACGAAUGCGCCGACGAGUGGUAUCGAGACGAGCGCGGCCUUACGUGUCCGGAGUGCGGUUCAGACUUCACAGAGAUUAUCGAAGACGAGAAUGACCCCCGGGACAGCAACAUGUUCGGCCACGACGGCGACCAGGAUGAUGAGGACAUGCCUGACCACGACCAGGCCCCGCUACCACGUCUGAAUUCCCACCAGAAUCCAUUUGCGAACGACGACCCAGAGGAAGCGGACAUAAGCAACUUCAACUUCGUACGGGUCGGACCUGGCAGAUUCAACGUCCAAGCUACCAUAACACGGUCCGUCCCUCCACAAGGCCUCGCUGUUGCCAAUGCGCCUGGCUCGAUUGGCGGCUUCAUGUCGAUGCUCAAUGGCUUGACGCGAGCUGCUGUACAAGCACAGGCGCCGGGUCAGGCUCAGCCUCGCGGACAGGGCGAGGGACUCUUCUCAGGUGCCGGCCUAUCUGCGUACCAAGGGGCGCAAGGCCAAGGACAACCGGGCGUGCACUCAGGACAGUUUACAUACCACGGUGGAGCGCGACUGGCACCUCGUGGCGAUGGGCCUGGCAUACGGGUUGAACCUGUCGAUGACAUUUCGAACGUUAUGACUGGUCUGAUGGCAGCACUUGGAGCUCAGAAUUUGCCCCAGGGCGGGGAUGGCAGUGGUCGUGGUGGGCCAGGUGGAGAAAAUGUCCCUGCACCUUUCUUGAAUCUCUUCCAAUCGCUUGGUCUCAUUCCAGGUGGAGGUCAAAUGGGCGACUUUGUGUACUCGCAAGAAGGCCUCGACCGCAUCGUCUCACAGCUUAUGGAGCAGACAGCGACAAGCAAUGCUCCCCCACCUGCCACACAAGCCGACAUCGAUGCGCUACCCCGAAAGAAGGUGGACGAGAGCAUGCUUGGAACAGAGCACACCGCUGAGUGCAGCAUUUGCAUGGACGAGGUAAACAUUGGUGAAGAGGUCACCGAGCUGCCCUGCAGGCAUUGGUUUCACCACACAUGCGUCUCGGCAUGGCUGCUUGAGCACGACACAUGCCCACACUGUCGAAAGGGGAUCACCAAACAGCUGGAUGGCGGAGCCAAUGCACAGGCGUCCACAUCAGGUGCACAAGCUACUACUGGGACCAGACCAUCAGGGUCGAGAUCAAUGCCCGGUGCGUUCGAGGACGUUGCUGAUGACGGCACUUCAUCAGGCCCAUACGUCGUUCCAGCAGAGCCAGGGUCUGCAGAGGACCGAGCUACCGGUACAUCCACAGCUACGGAUGCGGCUUCAGGUGGAGUCGGUAACCGUAUACGCAGGGGUCCGUCCUCUGGCUCUCAGUCCUGA